AUGGACUGGGCUUUUUCAUAGACUAAUUUAAGUCUAGGUUAAUGGUUUACUCUUGAGUAAAUUAACUAUAUAUUAUAUUCAGCGAAAAUGAACUCGAUUUUUAUUAUGGGAUAGAAAGUAGGAGAACUUUAAGGCAAAGCUAACAAAAUUUUAACUGGAUAAUUAUUUUUAUAUAGGUUUGAAUUAGAACCAUAUUCUAUUAAUAAUUGGGAUAUUUCAGAACCAGCAAAAAAUGAACUUGCUUCUAAACUAUUAGAUGCUUUAAAAGACCCUAUAAACGGGCCUAAAUUAGGUUUCUAAAAAUUAAUACCAAAAGAAUAAUCAUUUUAUUAUCCUUUAAAUAGCUAAUCUAAAGACAAAUAAUAAAUUAAAUUUCUUUCUACUGAUUAUGUAUAAAAAUUGUAUGCCUUAAUAGCUGAUUGCAAAGAAAUUCCAGUUAAAUUACCUAAUUUUUAUUCAAAUGUUUUAUAUUUAAGAUCAUACGAAUAAUCAUUCGAAACACAUCCAUAUUUAAAUGAACAAUUUAUAUAAUCAAUAUAUAUAAAUUUAGCUUGUAUAAAUCCAAAAGAUCCAUAGAAUAGUCAAACUUAUUGGACAGUUUCAAAAGAUCCUAUAACUAAAGAAGGCUUAGAUUUUUUUGUUUUAAGUGAUAAAUAUUCUAAUAUAACUUUCGGAUUUUCAAUAAUAACAAUAUAUACAUCAGUAAUUUUAGUCAUAGGUAAAUUUCUAAGAGACGCCUUUUCUGGAUCAGUGCAAAAUAUUAUAUUUACUUGUAUGCCAAAUCCUGAUUUAUUAUUAACUUUAUGUAAUUCUAUUGCUUAUGCAAGAACUGAGGGAGAUUUCGUUAAAGAAAAUAUUCUCUAUUAUGAACUUAUGGAUCUAAUUAGAUCACCAGAAAUGUUAAAAAAAUUAACUGGAUCAUAUGCUUAAGCUUUAACUUAAAAAUAUAAAAUGUAAGUUCUUUAAGAAAUUAAAGAAUAAAAAGAAAAAGAAUAAGUAAAAAUAAAAAAUGAAAACUGA